AUGUCAUCCGAAAAGUCAGGCCUCCCUGACUCAGUCCCUCACACCUCUCCACCACCCUACAAUGCCCCCCAGCCCCCCGCCGAACCUCCUGCCCCGCCCCCACAGACAGCCCCUUCCUCGCACCAUCACCACCACCACCACUACCACCAGUCCGGCACUGCCACCCUCCCACGCUUAGGGGCAGGGGGCCUGGCUUCUGGGGCCGCCGCUCAGCGCGGUCCCUCGUCCUCCGCCACCUUGCCAAGGCCCCCACACCAUGCCCCGCCUGGCCCGGCCGCUGGGGCGCCCCCACCCGGCUGCGCUACCUUGCCCCGCAUGCCACCCGACCCUUACCUGCAGGAGACUCGCUUCGAGGGCCCACUGCCCCCACCGCCGCCCGCCGCCGCCGCCCCGCCCCCCCCUGCGCCCUCUCAUACUGCCCAGGCCCCAGGCUUCGUGGUGCCCACGCACACAGGAGCGGUAGGCACGCUGCCGCUGGGGGGCUACGUAGCCCCCGGUUACCCUCUACAGCUGCAGCCUUGCACUGCCUACGUCCCGGUCUACCCGGUGGGCACGCCCUAUGCAGGCGCGACCCCGGGGGGAACAGGAGUAACUUCCGCGCUCCCCCCGCCACCCCAGGGCCCAGGGCUGGCCCUGCUGGAGCCAAGGCGCCCGCCCCACGACUACAUGCCCAUCGCGGUGCUGACCACCAUCUGCUGCUUCUGGCCUACAGGCAUCAUUGCCAUCUUCAAGGCAGUGCAGGUGCGCACGGCCUUGGCCCGCGGAGACAUGGUGUCAGCUGAGAUCGCUUCACGCGAGGCCCGGAACUUCUCCUUUAUCUCCUUGGCGGUGGGCAUUGCAGCCAUGGUGCUCUGUACCAUCCUAACCGUAGUCAUCAUCAUAGCAGCGCAGCACCACGAGAACUACUGGGAUCCGUAAGGACAUCCACGGCCCGGCCCCACCCUGCGCCCCUCGACGUCCCAAGCACGUUUUGCCGUCAAGCCGGGGAUCCACAGUGGGCGCCCCGCACACCCGCUUCUGGGGCUACCGGACUUGGUUACAUCCUAAACUAGGCCUCCACGGAAACUCUCGCCUUGCGAGCACGCUCGGAAUCCAGUUCCUCAGGAACCUCGCCAAAACCCACACUAAUAGGGACGCCACUUCCCGGCCGGGCCCUCAGUCGCUCCAGGCCCCCACCCCCUCUAAAUACAGCACCCCCAGCCGAACUCUCUCGGUCACGGCUCCCCAGCCUGAAAACUGGUCCCUAAAGCCCCGCCUCCUCUAUAGAUUCCGCCCCGGCUCUGAUAA